CUACUUUGUAUGCGUGUGUUGAGGAGUCAGCACACAUGAGUGGUGAGCUGUACAGUACACUGCGUUGCAUUGGGAAACCUGAGAAAUUUCUAUCUCAGAGGGGUGGGAACCUUGAAAAGAGAGUGGAGGUUCCCCCUGAGGCGACAGGAAACUGACCACAUGCUGCUACAGUCCACACUGUCACCACAUCUGCCUGUUAUCACUGUCACACUGCCUGGGCCGCCACACUCACCUGUACACCAUUUUUGUGUCACUGCAGACUGCCAUCAUGGUCCGCUUGGUAUUGAUGUUUGUUGUGGUCAUCGCUGAAUACGUUUACGGAGGACCUCCACUACCUCCUCUGCCUAUGAAAGGCGGCUGCCACCUGGUGUCUCCAGAGGUGAAGAUAUUCAGAGUGGAGGGCGAGGCCAUAAUCCUAUCCUUCCCAAUGUUCAUGAGAGUGCUCAAAGUACGUAACAUUGCCCCCCCAACAGCAAAGUACCUCAUCAGCAAGGACAAUGGGACAGAGGGUGUGAUCUAUCAGGGCGAGGGACGUGUCCAGCAGCAUAACAAACAAUUGUGGUUCCUCCCUGCUCAGGCUUCAGACUCAGGGAAAUAUAUCUGCACUUACAGAAAUGAAACUUACUGUGUAUCUGGGAGUAUCAUGCUACGUGUGUACGAGUCCACCUCUGUUGACAUGGAGAAACUGUCCUAUCCAGUCUCAGCCACAGUUGGAGAGAAUCUGACAUUAAAUUGCCCAUGUCUAAGUGACUUCAACAAGACAGAAAGACUCAUAGAGUGGUACAAGGACUCCAGCCCCACUGCCCUUCAGCUAGGCAGACGAGGCUCAUUCCGCCAGGACAUUGGUGACCUAAUAAUCCCUGCAGUGAAACGAUCCCAUGCAGGUGUCUACACCUGCCAGCUUAGAGUGCUCAUCAAUAACCAGCAGUAUAAAGUCAGCAGAGCCAUCCUGCUCCAUGUGCAAGGUUUAGACCCUGCAAUCACUACCACUGUGCCUGACCUCUCCAUGACCUCUAACCCAGGGCUAAUCAGCAGCAGCAGCUACAGCACUGUUCACACUCCAAAAAUUCAACCACCUGUGAUUGUCUCGCCACUGAACGGAACCAUUUUUGAAAGUGUGCAUGGUUCAGGACUGGAGCUGUUUUGCAAGGUGCUCACUGAAUGUCAAAUGGCAGAUUCCACUGUGGUCACAUGGCUGGUCAAUGGCCAAUCAGUGGAGUCAUCAUACCUUGAUGGGCAGGCUCUGCAGGGGGGAAGGAGGGUAACCAGGGUGUCUGAAAGGUGCCAGAUUGAGUUGAGGCUAUUUGUUGUAUCGAUUACGGAAGAAGACGUGAACACGGAGCUGAAGUGUGUCACUCAGAACCAAGGAGGAAGACAGGAAGUUGUCACACAGCUUCGACUAGAGGACACCACAUUUACAUGGCUGGUGGUAGCUGCGGUGGCCAUGUCCUGCUUCCUGACUGUGGUUUGUGUCUUCUUCUAUGUCCUCUUCAAACCUAAAACGAAAAAGAAAAUGGAUUACUUUCUGGCUCGGCAGAACAGCAUCUUCUAACUCUGCUAGUGUACGCACGUCCUCCACAAAGACAUUCUUUGAUGUGUUUGCAGUUUCACCACCACGUUGUGUUUGGUGUUCAACACUCCUUUUAAUGUUUUAAUGGGAUUCAAUGUAUUUAAAUCAGUAGCUGCAUGCAGCUACAGUGACAUGCUGUUACCCACUGUCCUCCAUUUCUUCAUCCUCGACUGAGACUUACACAAGGAUUUUUUGUUGCUUUUGAAUGAUAUUGUAUGUGCCAAUGGGGCAAUUGCAUGCAUCUGGUUUAUGUAUACAGUUGCAGCCAUAGCUUUCAGAUUCAGAAGUUUUCUUUCAUGCAUUUAUCCUUAUUGGUGCAGCAGAACUAUCCUGCUUAAAUGUAAUACAGAAUAACCAAACUGAUGCCACACAUAAGUACAGCAGAUGUUCUAAUAUAUGGUCACAUUCAGUAAAGGCUUCUACAAUGGCAACAUCUGCAUAUACAUGUUUAAAAAAUACAAUUGUAUUUGAAGUCA